CUGUUUUAAUUGCUUUCUCUUUAGAGAUGAUACAACCCCAGAAGAUAAUAUCUGGAAAGGCAUCCUAUCUGUGAUUUUCUUCUUUCUGAUCAUCAGUGUUCUAGCUUUUCCAAAUGGCCCUUUCAUUCGUCCACAUCCUGCAAUAUGGCGCAUGGUUUUUGGGCUGAGUGUCCUGUAUUUUCUCUUUCUGGUAUUCCUGCUAUUCCUUAACUUUGAGCAGGUAAAAUCAGUGAUGUAUUGGCUGGAUCCUAAUCUACGGUAUGCUACAAGAGAAGCAGACAUCAUGGAAUAUGCUGUGAAUUGUCACGUUAUCACAUGGGAACGAAUCCUCAGCCAUUUUGACAUAUUUGCUUUUGGACAUUUCUGGGGUUGGGCAAUGAAAGCUUUGUUGAUCCGCAGUUAUGGAUUGUGCUGGACUAUUAGCAUCACUUGGGAGUUAACUGAGCUGUUCUUCAUGCAUCUACUGCCUAAUUUUGCUGAAUGCUGGUGGGAUCAAGUCAUUUUGGACAUCCUGCUAUGUAACGGGGGUGGCAUCUGGUUGGGCAUGAUAGUUUGCCGUUGGUUGGAGAUGAGGACCUAUCACUGGGCAAGCUUCAAGGACAUUCAUACAACCACAGGUAAAAUCAAGAGAGCUGUAUUACAGUUCACUCCAGCAAGCUGGACCUAUGUUCGCUGGUUUGAUCCCAAAUCUUCAUUUCAAAGAGUGGCUGGAGUAUAUCUUUUCAUGAUUAUCUGGCAGUUGACUGAACUGAAUACAUUUUUCUUGAAACAUAUCUUUGUUUUCCAUGCAAGUCAUCCCCUAAGCUGGGGUAGGAUUCUUUUCAUUGGAAUCAUCACAGCACCCACUGUCAGACAAUACUAUGCGUACCUGACAGACACGCAGUGCAAACGGGUAGGAACUCAAUGUUGGGUAUUUGGAGUUAUUGGUUUCCUUGAAGCUAUUGUAUGCAUCAAGUUUGGGCAGGACCUCUUCUCCAAAACCCAAAUAUUAUAUGUUGUGUUAUGGCUCCUUUGUGUGGCUGUUACUACUUUCCUGUGUUUAUAUGGAAUGGUUUGGUAUGCAGAACACUAUGGACAACGAGAAAAGACUUUGUCAGAAAGUGAGGACAGCUCAUAUAUCGCAGAUGCUUCUUGGCUUAACUCUAAGUUUACUAGAGGAAUGGAAGAGAGUCCACCCAAACACACCAGCAACAAUGAGAACCAUUCAUCUAGGAGGAGGAAUCGUCAUUCAAAAACAAAAGUAACCAAUGGGAUUGGCAGAAAAUAGAGAGAGAGGGAGAGAGAGAGAAAGAAAGAAAGAGAAAAAAAUGAUGAGACAGACAGUCAGUUUCUAGAUUUGUUCAGGAAGUGUGCCUGAGAGCAAAGAAAUGAAACUGGGCCUGGUUCUGCAUUCCUUGCUUGAAGGUCAAGUAGAGAAGAGGAGGAGAUGGAGGGGGACCAUAUCUUCAGCAAACAGAGGCCUUGGAGCUUGUUAAGAUGGAGCUCAUCUGUGCAUUGCAAAUCAUUAGCUGCUGUCACUUGCCAAUCGCUGGCUUCAAGCUAACCACUUCUGCACUUCACACUCAGACCAAUAGUCCUAUCUAAUGGCAAAACAGUUACUCCCUUCUGAGGGGUUCGCGUGCUAAUCUUUCUUCAAGUAGUUUGAAAGUCUUCUUGAAGGGCUCUAGUUGAGAAGAAUAACCAAAAGUCAGUCAGCAAUCAGUUGAUUUUGUAUUGUUAUACAUUUUUUUGUUUUGCCUUUUUGUUUGUUCAUGUUGGUUAACAGAUUUUGUUGGUGGAUUGAAAGAUACCCUGCCUUUCUUCUUGAACUAACAAAACUUUCCUGCUUGUUAGGAAAGCAACACUCCCAGAUUUCAGUCAGCAGGGUGCCAAGGGUUAGAAUUUGUAUUCCUAAUUCUGUCCCACACACACACACCUAUAUGUAUGUACAUUUCUAACAUUUGUACCUGUCUCAGAUAUUAAUGCAGUUCUGUUCCACGGCCAGGGUAGUGCCGGAAUGUAUUGGAAGAGCCAUAGAUCCAGCCUCAAACACAUGUUCCUUCUCUUUGUUCCUUUUCUGUCAGUUGGAGUAUGGGUCCUAUACAUUUAUCAUCACUGCAGAUAUACCAUAAUAUUCAAACAGGUUUUUCUUGAUACAUCUGAAUCCCACUUGCAAGUAAAUAUCCUGCUUUUAAUGUAGAAUUGAUUCUUACAGGUUUGCCAGCCUGAUAUCAUGGCCUGUCCAAGACAGAGCUAUGCUAGUUCACUUUGUUUUGGCCACUUUUUAUAGGCUCACUCCACUUUUUUCCCCUCCUGGGGUUAGUUUUGCAGAUAGGGUCAAUAGUUUUAUGUUUAGGUGGUGAGUUUGUUAAAAAGAUAUUAUGAAAUAAGCUUUAUGAUUACAAAACAGAGUCAUUUCCAGGAAAGAAAACUGUUAUAACUAAAUUCCAAGGUUGAGCUAUCAGACAUUUUUACCUAGAUUUUGUUUUCUGUCUUUAGUUGGUUGAUUUUUGUGUGUGCCAACUAGGUUGUUGGGUUGUUACUCCUGAAAAUUUGGCAGAGCUGACAGGUUAAGUUAGAAUCCACAUCCUUACUAUCAUGCUUCAACUGGGAAGGGGUGUUUGCUGUGAUAGAACAUAAUAUGCACCGCAAGAUCUGAAAUAUUGUAAAAACUUCAGCAUAUAAGUGAAGGGGCUGUAAAUAGAAAAAAGACCCCCAUAAUCCAUGAUGUUUUAUGUGCCGCAGAGGAUCAACUUUUUGAAUGCAAUCACAAUGCAGCAGCUAAUCUAUGAAAACUCUGUUUUGCUUUUCUGUCACAAGUGUAUAAUCUCCUGCACCCAAAGCUGCUAUAUCCAAAUGUGCUAAAUGAUACAAGGUGGAGGAAAUUUAUGUGUUUGGAGCAUAUUUAUUCCCAACAAAUACUGGUUUUUCAUUCAUAUUCUGAAAGUUGUGAACUGAUAAUGUCUGUGUGUUCUUGGCAUGUUGCAUAAUUCUUGAAUAUAUUUUUCACUUUUCAGUUCAUUCAGUCUUAGAAUUCUUUAUCAUUUGCUUUAAAAAAAAACCUGUUUUUGUUUCAAGACCAAAGCCAGAAGAUUUUAAGGUUCUUGAGAAAGUUUCCAUAUAAUUUGUUUUAGUGUUUAUUAAUAAUUUAGUAUAAUUAAUAACCAUUUCUUUGAAGGAGCCUGCCCUAUUCUAUUAAAGAUUCUGAUAAAGUACCUGUUUGCCUGGUUAAAGAUGCAGUCUACAGUGCAGUUUCAUAUCCAAAGGCAAUUUUUGUCAACUGAAAUGAGCACAUGUAUGCACCGCUUUUUGUACAUUGGGUUGAUUCUGCCUAUAUCAAAAACAGAGUGUGUACAUGCUGGUCUUUUAUAAAAUCAGAACUGGUGUGCACACGAUUCUUUUUAUGUGCACUUGAGAUCCAGACCUAUGUGAAUUUCAUUAUUUUUAAUAAAGGAUGAUAAAGUAUGACCAUGUGAGAAUGAGCUCAGAAGAUGAGCAUUCCUUAACUAAACUAUAUAGAAACAAAGGAAAUGUAUCUGACCACCUUUUCAAACAUAAAUUAUACAAAAUCAUUAACUAUUGUAUGAACUUUGGGCAUUUUCUGCAGAACUGUCAGGUUUUCAUCUCUCAAGGCAGUAUAUACUGUCUGGUUUCAUGUUCCAAUUGCAGGGUGAUAUAUUUGCUCUAUAUUUUCCAUGGAUGUGAGGUCCAGUCCAAGCCAGCCAAAACAAGAAAACAGGGAUUUAUCAGGUCUAGGUAUGCAAUGGAGUCAGACUUGAGAGUUUUGUCCCCCAACUAGUGAGAUCUAUGUGUGAGCUGUGAUACUGUCACCCUGGUACUCAUAAUUUUUAGGGGUACACAUUUGCUCUCAUUUAUGUUUUUAAACUUGCAUUCUUUUUUACCUUUUUCAUGACCCUUUAUUUCACUUUUCCCUAUUUUUCUACUUGUGUACACUCCAAGUUGUGGUGGUUGCUUUCUUACAUUAAUCAUUUACAGCGUGUUUAUUGAAGAAGUGGUUGACCUGGUUCCUCCGGAGACUGCCAUAUCAGUCUUUGAUGGGGGGGGGGGAGGCAUUAACCUUCUAUUCCAUAGAAUGAACAGUGGUGAACAGGUGGUAACACUGGAGGGAAAGGGCUCAGAUGCAAAAGGAUUGAUUAUAGUUGACUACAUUUUUAAAUUAAGAAUUAAGGUCAAGAAGGAUACAAAACAGGAAUGGAAAAAAUCUAGCCACCCAAAACAUACCUAUUGCCAGCUACCAGUAUUAAACCUGGGUAAACCUGGGUAUACACUGUUAUGUAUAAAAGACAGUGUCUAAUGCGCAUAUGGAAUUUGGUUUCAGCUGUGCUUUUGGUUAUUUGCCUGUGAAAAAUAAAGUCAUGAAUGCCUGGGAUUAA